GGCAAAGUCAACCAAUCUAGCAUUGGUCUCAGCUGAGCAAUCGUUGCUUGUUUUACUCAGUGUCUCCUCUCACCAUGCCGCUCACAAUCGACAUCUCGGACGCUGCCAUCGAGAAGACGGAGAAGAUGCACCACCUCCAUCUCUGGGGUGUGCGGAUUUCUCUGUGGGCGAAAAACUGCCUCGUGUGUGGGAAGGCCACCAACUGGAAGAGAAUCCGCUGCCGGCAUCGUCCCAGCCCCAACCACCGCCGUGCUCUGGUGAUUCAUAUCGAGAUGCCUUCUGUCAAGUUGGUCUGGGCUGAGGUCCAGGGCAGCAAUCUCAUCAUUCACCACCCCAGUCUCGACGAGUAUUACAAGCCCCGGACCGGUGCUGACAGGGUCUGGGUCGACUUGGCUGUCAUCAACCCGGCCCUGGAUCUGGAGAGCUUCCGCAAGAUUGGACAUGGUAUUGCAAUGGGGUUUGCCUCCAUCACGAUGGAUCCCAGGUAUUCGGUAGACCCCUCGGAGCGCAAUGGAGGGCUGGGGGAUUUGCAGGCCCCGUGCCACAAACUUCAUUGGGCCGGCCCUCUUAUCUUCUUUUGUUAUGGAUACGACAUGAACGAUUACAUCAAGGUUGAUCCAGCGCGCUCGGACAACACUGACCGCGGAGCCGAGGCUGGCAUGACCGAGUUGGAGAUUUGGAAUGAGCUGGAAGGGCUGCGCUGGGAACGGAACAGACCAGAUGAGCCAGAAACAAAGGCACGACCGCGGGAGAAGCCGGGCAGGGACGGCAUGGUCUGGAAGUGGAAGGUCAAGGAGCACGGCACGUCGAUGGAGGUCCUUGACCUUCAUCACCACGAUUACAGCAUCAUCGUCGAUUAUCUCAAGGCCUCGCAUCUAAAUCGCAUCCCCAGCCCCCUCCCCGGUUCGCCCGACACGCUGCAGGCAGUCCACGUCUCCGACCCCAAUCAUCCUGGCAAUCAGUUGGAUAAGUAUUGGGAAGCUCCGGAGGGUAAGUCUCUGGCAGAAGGGUCCUCCCCAGUCCAGGAGAAGCCGCUACCCAUCAAAGAAGACAAACUACGUUUCGACGCCAUCACGCUGCCCGCCCAUCCUCCCAAGGGCUUCCUACCCAUGGUCGGAGCCCUCGCCGUCGGCCUUCGGUGGAUGGUCAAGUACUCCAUGGACAUCAACCCGCCGUUUCGCGGCAGCCUGCCCGACACGCACUUCCACGGCCCCUUGCGAAACCUGCUCUGGGCAGCGAGGCUCACAAAAUGCGGCGACUUGCCGACGCUGGAGCUCCGCACGCCCGGACCGACCUGCGACUCGGCCAUUGUCACGACCGCGGACACGACCUCGAUUUCGGCGGAACACGUCAGGGCGCUGCUGAAGUACCUCGACUUCAUCGACCCGUUCGAGUGGUCGCGCCACGGGCCGCGCGGCUUCGAGGUGUAUUGGAAGACGUACGCAGUGGUCGAACUGAAGAAUCCCCGCUACCUGGACCCAUACGAGGCGGCGGAGAUGAACAGGGCCGUGCUGCGGUAUUUUCCUGAUCACGCAGCCGCGUACCCGGAUCUUGAGCGGGAGGUGGCGCAUAUGACGAUGGAAAACCUGACACCCGAGGACCAGCUGCGCGUUCACGAGAUUGGUCAGAUCAGAAAGAUGAUACUCAAGGUGAUACGGUGGUAUCGCGACACGAAUACCAAGUUUGCUAUUGGGCGCGGCCCGAGUGUGUUUGACCGUGUUGAUGUUCGUUGA